AUGUCGAAAUUUCAUUGCGAUGCCUGUUUCUCUGACUGUAAUAAUAGAGUAAGGAUUUCAUGUGCAGAAUGUCCGGAAUACGAUUUAUGUGUACCAUGUUUCUCUCAAGGUUCAUAUAAUGGUAAUCAUUUACCUUCUCAUGACUAUCGAAUUAUAGAGACAAAUUGGCAUCCUAUUUUAUGUGAAGACUGGGGAGCAGAUGAAGAAUUGGCAUUAAUUAAGGGAAGUCAAAGUCUUGGAUUGGGUAAUUGGCAAGAUGUAGCAGACCACGUUGGAAGUAGAGAUAAAGAAGGAGUUGCAGAACAUUAUAUGAAAUACUACAUUUAUAGUGAAUUUUACCCUAUACCGGAUAUCACUAAGGAUCUGAAAGUGGAUCGAGAAGAAUUCAUGGAAGAAAGGAAGAAGAGGAUCGAGAGAUUUAGAGAAAAACCUUUGGAACCUUCAAGAAAGCCAGUGGCUUCGGUACCUAGUUGUCAUGAAGUACAAGGAUUUAUGCCCGGCAGAUUGGAGUUUGAAACGGAGUUUGAGAAUGAGGCUGAAGGUCCAGUAAAAGAUAUGGUUUUUGAACCUGAUGACCAACCGUUAGAUAUAGAGCUUAAGUUGAUUAUUUUGGACAUUUACAAUUCGAGAUUGACUACUAGAGCUGAGAAAAAGAGGGUGCUAUUCGAGAAUGGUCUUAUGGAGUAUAGGCGGCUACAAGGCAUUGAUAAGAGAAGGACCAAAGAGGCUAAGGACCUCUUCAAUGCGAUAAAACCGCUGGCGAAUUUGAUGACUGCACAGGAUUUUGACGAGUUUAGCCGAGAUAUCUUAGAGGAACUUCGUUGUAGAACAAGGAUACGUCAAUUGCAAGAGUGGAGAAGUAACGGGAUUACCACGAUGGAGGCUGGGCUGAAAUAUGAGCGCGAUAAACAACUCAGGAUUUCUGCCCUCGAAAGAUUUGGCUCUUCAAAUAACAUGACGGUUAAUGGUAAUGCCAUAAAUGGUAGACAUAGAGCUACUACUGCGCAUAGAAAUAAUGCUGAUUAUUCGCAGAAUUAUAAUGAAAGUGCGGGGAGAAAGAAAAACAUGACGGCAAGUGAAAUACAACAUAGUACUGAUUUUGGUCUUCUGUCGCCUGAUGAACAACAAUUGUGCAUACAGUUGAAGAUUCUACCGAAACCAUAUUUCGCUAUAAAAGAACUCUUGUUUCGCGAACUUCUGCGAAGUGGUGGAGCGCUAAGAAAGAAGAAUUGUAGAGACUUGCUCAAUAUUGAACCUGCAAAAGCAAAUAAGAUUUACGAUUUCUUCGAAUCACAAAAUUGGAUUUAG